AUAUUAGGCUUCAACGUCUUCGUUUUCGUGAAGUUGUGACGGAAGGUUGACUCGGUUUUUGUCUUUCUCGAAGCGUAUCUUUUUACAUUUAAGUCAUUUUACAAUGACUGAAUUGUGUACUCUUGAUCUUUUGUACUUUGAUGGUGUAGAGAAUGAAGAAGGUCAAAUUAGACCAAUUUUUAUUCCAAAUUCUUGCCACGUUUGUAAAGCCAUGCGUCACGAGUCAGAGCCAAGCAGCGAAAUCAAGUUAUUGAGUUGUUCUGGCUGCAGAAUGAUUGCAUACUGUGGCCUGGCUCAUCAGAAAGAACAUUGGGCUCAACAUAAGGAUUUUUGCAAAGUCGUUCAACAAGUUUUGCGAAAAGAGGGCCGGCCAAGCUUGUUCAGUGACGUGUCAAAGCUUAAUCUAAGCCCUGAAAGUUGGAAAGCUUUCCGUUACAAUUUAAUGGUCCGCGUGGAAAAAUCCUUAACCCGACCCAUGCAACCUUAUGAGCAGGAAAUGUUUCUGUAUCCACGCGUAUGCGAUCAGUGUCGUAUGGAUGACGGAACUAAACUUAAUGAAUGCAGUGGUUGCCACUCGUUUUUCUACUGCUGUGAUCAGCAUCAAUCAAAAUCCCAUGAAGAAUGGUGUAAGGACUUGAAACUUCUUUUAGAUCUCAAUAUUGAACAAUCAAAAAAAGGACGUAUCGAUUGUAUGCUACCUCACAAGCUGUUGGACAGUUUUGAAGAAUUUCCUCCAUCGCUUAAAGAAUUUCUAGUCCUGAGAAUGGUCGGUGCAAUGGGGGCUUUUGCAAUGGGAAGAAAUUCUCUUACUUUAUUGACCGAAUUCGCAUCUUAUCCAUUGACCGUUCUCUGGGGCCUCCAGGAAGCGGCCAAAUUAACGGAUGGCAUUCCACUAUUGGGCGAUCGCAAAUCUCUUGUCGUUCACAUUGUUGGGGCCGAAUUGCCUUUUGAAUGUAAUAAUUUGGCCAAGUGGGAUGUUUUCUUCUUGAAUACCCUUCCGGCCUUGAAAUCACUUUACAUAACUUUCACCGGCCCGGAAUUGACAGGAGUUCCGUCCGGCACUUGGGACGAUGAUCUGCGUUGUCCUCAUUGCGAACGCAACAACAAACAUUUUAUCUGUGAUUUUCAGCCGAACACGUUUUACCACGAUUUCGUAAAAAGCAAGAACUAUAUUCGUCCAGAUGUUGUUGUUGCGUUUAACUGCGGACUUUACCGACAGACUGGCUUUCAAGGAUCAGAUUCGUGGGCAAAAACUUUACCGUGUCUCUUAAAAGAGGGUGUGCCUCUUAUUUUGACGGCCUAUACUGCAGCUGAGGCCCCCUUGGAUCUAAAACGCCUCCAAGACGCUAGCCGAGAGCCUUUAGAGAUUCUUAUGCCUCCGCAAAAGAACCCCUAUCGCAGUUCACGGCCCUGCAGAAAUUUUGUUAGCGAAGAAGAAUCGCCAAUCAUUUUCAAAAACCAGUACAUUACUGUUGUCAGGAAAAAAUGCGCGAAAUAACAAAAAGCAAUUCGUGUAUUCUGGUGUCGAGUCACUCGGUGUGGAUUUUACAAAUGUCUUCAUAUUGAACGCCUUCCACAACUCGUCCUUUGACGGGCCCCUGUAAUCAGUAAGAAAACAAGGAAAUGUAAUAACUAAUAGGUAAUAGAUGACAUUUCAAAAAUCAA